AUGGAGGGGGAGGAGGAGGGGUUGGGCGGCGCGAGCGCGGCGGCGGCGGCGGCGGGGCAGCGGCAGCAGAUACGGGUGGUGCGGUGCCCCAAGUGCGAGAAGUUUUUGCCGGAGCUCCCCAACUACUCCGUCUACGUCUGCGGCGGAUGCGGCGCCACUCUCCAAGCCAAGAAGAACUCGGCAUCUGAGAAUUCCUCAGAGAAAUCUGGUGGGCAUGUGAAGUACCUUGAAGUGCUAGAGAGUUCACCUGAUAACAAAGGAGCUGCAUCGAAAGAUACUUGUGAGGUUGCCCAAGAAGCAGAAGCCAAAAAUGGAGAAGCUAAAGCAGAAGAGAGACAGGUUCUUGACAGAAUGGCAGCUAUGCACAGCGAGUCUGGAUAUGGUUGUGAUGAUAGCCAAAUUCCAAAAGAGCCAAAUGCCUUGAAGCUUGAAGCUUCACUUAGAGAUGACAGCAGAGAAAUUCGGGAGGCCAAGUAUCGGCGCAUUCGCAAUGAGGAAAAAGGAGAAGCAAAACAUGGAGUGAGAGCCAGAGACAGAUCCCCAAGAUCUGUUGUUGACACCAUUCCUAUGAAUUCAUAUCCUGCAGAAGGCCCGUCUGACUACCAUAUGAAGUCAAGAUUCAGACAUACCAAUGGUGAGCAAUCUGAUACGAGAAAUUUGGAUGGCCUAAACAGAGUCAAUGGUCUUGAAAAAGACCGUGCUGAUCUAUUACGGAUGCUUGAUGAGUUGAGGGAUCAAGUUCAGAAAUCCUGUGAGAUCACCAAUAAGCCAAGUGGAAGUACUCCUACAGACAAAGUGGCUGAUGCAUCAGCCUCACACAAUCCUCGGUUGAGUCGGUUACGACAUGGUUCGCCUCAGUUGCAGCGUAGUGGUUCUCAGCAGUCACCAGCCUUGAAUGGGCAUGUUCCCUGCAUUCCACAAUCUUAUGCUCCAGGACCUACUCAGCAAGAUCUUCAUGGGUACGGGGAGCCAAUGACACACAUGGGGGCUCCAAGCUAUCCUCUUGGCACAUAUCCAUGGAGAAAUUUUGAUAAUUAUUUCUAUGGACAGUAUGAUCCUGACCCCCUGAUUUCUUACCACCAUGAUGGCUUCUACCAUCAGCCUGCCUGUUCUUGUCUACACUGCUACCACCGUGAGUUCUUACCUGUUCAGGGGCCUCCUCUGGGUUUCAACAAUCGCAGGGCACCAUAUAUUAUGAAUAAUCCUAGAGUUUACCCUGUUGAUGGUCCUGCAAUGUUUGGUACACAUAACUACAAUUCAAGAGUUCAUGCUUCAAUGCCACGCAAUCACAUGAGGGCCACUCUGAGUAAAAAACCUGCACAGACUUGUGAACCGAUUGCAUGUGGUGCCCCAUUCACCAUAUGCUAUAACUGCUAUGAAGUGCUGCAACUUCCUAAGAAAUCCCCCUUGCCAGGGAAGGAUGAGUACAAAUUACGUUGCGGAUCAUGCUCACAUGCACUUGUGGUCAAGCUUGAUGGAAGCAGGCUUGAUGUUUCAGCACCUUCACCUAUUUCACACAUUUCUGCUGGCAGCAAAAGUAGUACCAAUGAUGGCCAAGGAAGCAAUGCAAAUGCUGCUUCACAAGAGAGGGUGCUUCCACUUUAUAGUUUUUCCGCGGCAAGUCAUGGUUCUCAAGACCUACCCUCGAAUUCAAGUGAAGCCGAAAAAAUGCAAGGCAUAUCAUCAUCCUGUAGCAUUUCUGAAGAUGAGAAUACCCCUGCAAGAUCUAAUUCGCAGAGGGACACCCCUGGGUCCAGGGACCUUCAUCCUGAAGCUGAUGUGGCUACCCGUGUUCCAAGUUUACAUCUUCGGGAUCAUUUUGGAUAUUCACCAACCGAGAAGGUAGUUGAUGGAUCAGGGAAAGGAAGCAGAAGUACCCGAUCUGAACAUGAGAAGGCUGUAUUGACAGAAAGCUUCAAGCAGCACACUGUAAAAGAUGUCUCUGUAGUGAGCAUAAUGGACUUGUCAGAUGAUGAGUAUGAUGAUCCUGACUACAUGCAAGAUCCAGGUGAUGUGGCACAAUCUGUCGAUCACCCUCGGGCUGCAAAAACGGGUGAUUCAUUUUUCACCAAUCUCAUAAAGAAGAGUUUCAAAAUUAACAACGGAAUGGGCAAUGGCAGAGCAAAGGUGUUUAUUAAUGGCUAUCCAAUCUCUGAUCGGGCCGUCAGGAAGGCUGAGAAGAUAGCUGGACCAAUCUAUCCUGGUGAAUACUGGUAUGACUACCGUGCUGGUUUCUGGGGUGUAAUGGGACAGUCUUGCCUUGGCAUGAUACCGCCAUAUAUUCCAGAACUUAAUUACCCUAUGCCCAAGAAAUGUGCUGCUGGAAAUACAGGUGUAUUUGUUAAUGGGAGAGAACUUCACCAGAAGGAUUUGGAUUUACUUGUGGGUAGAGGACUCCCAGAUUCUCCUGGUAGAUCUUACAGAGUUGAGAUGUCUGGUAAAGUGUCAGAUGAAGUCUCUGGUGAGGAGCUUUAUUGUCUCGGCAAACUCGCACCAACUGUCGAGAAAAUGAAGCGCGGAUUCGGCAUGAGAGUCCCGAGGAUCAUCCACUGAGAAUGCAGGGGCCAAAGCUGCUGCCUCUCGCAGUCCUGAUUCUUCGCCACACUGGAGUUGGAUGUUCAGCCAUUUUGGAUGUUUGUUCCGGUUCUUCUCUGCACCUACUUGCUGUGUGCAAUUGCAUGCUUGUUGAUUGCUGUUUGCCCGUUCUGUCUAUUUGUGUGCUCUGAGAUGUAUAAUCUGUGACUGCUGCUUGCCUGAAAAACUAUCUAAUGGAAAUUUUGCAAUGUGAAGCUUAUUUUGUGCUCUGAAACCAGUUCAUGCUAUGGCUUUUGACCAGUU